AUGUCCGUGGAUUUCCCCAAACCACGUGUAAAUGCACAACAAUCCCAGCGCUGCCUCACAACCCCCGUCCGCCUCCGCCGCGCCAUCAAAAAAUACCUCCGAGAGCAGGAUGAGCCCCACAUGAAGAAGAAGGUGCUGAGGCUCUCGGAAUCCUUCAGCCAAAUCAAGGAUGUGAACUCGCAGCUUGUUACGGCGACUUCACAGCAGCUCGUUGAGGACCCUUUGCGGUCUGUCGACCAAUCGCAGAGGUGGAAGAUCAGGAGCAACUACGGAGAUAUCGGCCUCACGUACAGAGACGACGAGACUAUUGCUUAUGUUGCUUCCAGGAUACCUGCUGUCUUCUCUGCCUGUCACAGAGUUCUCAAGAAGGUUCGUAGAAGGAUACCUGAUUUCUCUCCAGCUAAAGUAUUGAAUUUUGGAGCUGGCACGGGCUCAGCUUUCUGGGCACUACGAGAAGUCUGGCCACAUUCCUUGGAGAAAGUUAAUUUAGUGGAGCCAUCCCAAUCAAUGCAGCGGGCUGGGCAGAAGCUUACACAAGGUCAGAAGAACUUGCCACUUAUUCAUAGUUAUGAUAGCCUCCAGUCAUUGACAAAAAGUAUCACCAAGUCAGAGCGAGAACAUGACCUUGUAAUUGCUUCCUAUGUGCUUGGAGAGAUACCAUUGCUCAAGGAUCGAAUUAAUAUAGUACGCCAACUAUGGGAUCUUACAUGGGAUGUCCUGGUUUUGAUUGAACCUGGAACACUGCAAGGAUCUAAUAUCAUUUCUCAGAUGCGUUCUCAUAUAUUAUGGAUGGAAAAAAGGAAAUGCCGUAAAUCUAAAGAUGGAAGUGAAGAAACUUCAAGGGACUUAGUGACUCAAAAGAGUGGUGCAUUUAUAGUUGCUCCGUGCUCUCAUGAUGGACAAUGUCCGCUGGAAAAUGCUGGAAAGUAUUGUCAUUUUGUUCAGCGCAUGGAGAGGACAUCUGUUCAGUGUGCAUUCAAGCGAUCCAAGGGUGGGCAACCAUUACAUGGCUUUGAAGAUGAGAAAUUUAGCUUCGUUGCAUUCAGGCGAGGACAAAGACCACGGUUAGAACCUUGGCCGCUUGAUGGUAUGAAAUUUGAGACUUUAAAGGAGCAAUAUGCUAAACGGAGUCCAGAAGAUCUCGAGAUAGACCUUGAUGAGUUAAUUAGCUCGCAGCAAGCUGACCUCAUUCCAUUUGAAGAACCGAAUCCAGUUAACUAUGAUUCCGAUGUUAUGGAAACUGAUGUGGUGGAUGAAAAUGACAAAAACAACGAAGAGGAAGAUGAAACAGGUCAUGCUGAUCUUGGUGGCGGUUGGGGUAGGAUUAUCUAUAUGCCUGUACGAAGGGGCAAACAGGUUACAAUGGAUGUUUGUCAAUCAACCAAACGGGAUGGUUCAGAAGGUGAGCUUCAGAGAGUGGUUGUCACAAAGAGUAAGAACCCUACAUUACAUCUGCAGGCCCGAAAGUCUAUAUGGGGAGACUUGUGGCCUUUCUGAAGAUGUAAAUGUCCGUAGUUAUUCACGUUGUAACCGCAAUGUAUAUGGAACUAUGAUGUUAUGUUGAAUGUUUAUUAUUUGAUUCUAUGAACCUUAUUAGACAAAGUUUCAUCAAUAAGAGAUGCCACUUUGGUCUAUAA